GCCGGAGGGGUCCCCGCGCGCUCACUCCCGCGGGUAUUGGGAGGGCGGGAGAGCCGCGCGAGAUAUCAACAUAUCCCCAUUUCGCUCCGUUUCCCGCACGUUCGUCAUCGAGCGCGGCGAACGAGAAAUUGUACGAGAACGCGACGCGCUGAACGUGGCGGCGAAUGGCUAAGAUCGACUGCGAUGCGCGAAAAGUAUCGCGAGGGCUCGGACCAAUCAGAAUCGCCCGCGCUCCCGGAACGAGGGGACCGCCAUCCUCGCAAGCCGGGUACGCUGAGUAGUGAGUACGCUCGAGAAGAUGGCUGACUCGCUGACCAAGUACGGCGUUUACAUCGACGACCUGAGCAAGAUACGCGUCCUAGAGCCGGAAGCGGCGAAUCAAACGAACAAGCUGAAGGAGGAGUGUCAGAGUUUCGUGUCCAGCAUUAAUUUUGGAGAAGUCCGUGGAACUGGAACGAUUACGAGUACAAUACGAUUCUUUAAAGAAGAUCGAACUGGAACAGCUAGAAACCAUCGAACAUUUGUCGGUCAAUUAAUAUAA